AUGGAGAUUUCUAUAAUCCACAUUCAUUAUAUGAGAUCUAAAGAACUUAAAGAUUUUUGGGUAAGACUAAAUGAUGAUAAAAGUGUAACUGUGUCACUUCCCAGGAAAAUAAAUUAUGCUGGUGAUCUUGAUGAUAUGGAUAAUAAUGGUCGAGUUUGUGAAAUACCAGCUGACACCAACAAUACAAACCUAGGAAAAAAUUCACUUAAAUACUUUAAACAAAUCUGUGAAGAUUGUAAUAUUGGUAAACAACGCAUAGUAAAUCAUUCCAUAAGAACAUCUGGUAUAAUGCAAUUAACAAACUUGGAUGCUCCUUUUAAUGAAAUUAUGGCAUAUAGUUGA